CUCCUGGGAGACAUAUUUCAAGAUGGCGAUAUAACCAAACAAAUGGUGGUCGAGGUGUCACAGACCUCAAUACUAUGUUAGAAGCCAUAUGAUUUAUUAAUAGCAAUUGAUUUAAGAUUAUCCAGAGCUAGCAUGACAUUUUACAUGACUACAUAAACUGAAGUGAAAUCAACCAAGCAAUUAUGACAGAAGAAACAAAUGUUCUGAGUUUAACAGAUGACGAGGACGAUUUUGAAGACGAGCCUCUACCCGAACUGUGUGGCACACUUUGUAAAUGGACAAAUUAUUUACAUGGUUGGCAGGAUCGCUAUAUUGUAUUGAAAGACAGUACAAUUAGCUACUAUAAAUCUGAAGAUGAGACUGCUUUUGGAUGUAGAGGGGCUGUUUCACUUUUGAAGGCUGGUGUAACGCCCCAUCAGUUUGAUGAGUGCAGGUUCGAUGUCAGCGUAAAUGACAGCGUUUGGUACCUCAGAGCAGCAACGCCUGAGGAAAGACAGACUUGGAUUGAUGCCAUUGAGCUGCAUAAGCAGGCAGACUCCAGCUAUGGCAGUGAGAACAACCUUCGGCGCCAUGGCUCGAUGCUCUCUCUGGCCUCGGGGACAAGCAUAUCCCAGGCAUCGACAUCGUCAUUCAAGCGGGGACGUGGGUUGAAGGAAAAGCUGGCAGAGAUGGAGACUUUCCGGGACAUUCUCUGCCGACAGAUUGACACCUUGCAGAGUUACUUUGACUCUUGUGCAUCUGCUGUGACGCAUGGGGCUGUACAAGAGUUGUCAGAGCAUGAUGAUUUAGAUGAUGAUCUGGACUUACCACAUAGUGCCUCUGCUCAUGACGUGCACUCAAGUCACAGACUAGAAGGUCUCAAAGGCAAAGAUUUAGCAUCCAUACUACAGCAGCAUGGGGGGCAUGCUGUGGACUUCAAAGGAGAAGCCUUCACCUUCAAAGCCACCACAGCAGGGAUCAUUGCGACUCUGUCCCACUGCAUAGAACUGAUGGGUCAGAGAGAAGAGGCUUGGAAAAAGAGAAUGGAUAGAGAAGUGGAGAAACGGAAGAAGUUUGAGGAUGCAUACAAAACCUUAAUGUCCGACAGGAACAAGAAAGUCAUUGUUGGAGGACCAGACUAUGAGGAGGGACCACACUGCAUGAUAACAGAAGAUGAAUUUUAUGACGCUGUUGAUGCUACUUUAGAUAAACUGGAAAAGGAAGAGGAAAAGAAAAAGAACACAGACUCCCCGAGCAAACCAGACCAUGCAAUAUCAUUGGCUCCAUCUCACCAUUAUUACAAAGAGAUUAAUGAAGUUGUUGACAAUCAUUUGAGGCGUCUUUUGACUGAGCCAGCAGAGGAGAAGAAUGGGUGGACGUGUAUCGUGGACCAAGGGGACCUCAAAGUGUUUAAGAGGGAACUGGAAGAAAAUGGCGUGCCUAUCGACCCAAUGAAGGCUGUUUGCACUGUGAAGGGCAUCACAGGACAUGAAGUCUGCCGGUACUUUUGGGCUUUUGACACACGAAUGGAAUGGGAAGCAACCCUAGACAGCAGCCGAGUGGUGGAAUGGCUGUCGGAUGACACGUUCAUCAGCAACAAUGUGAUAAAGAGAGUGUGGCCGGCCUCACAGCGAGAUGCCUGCUUCUGGUCGCACCUCAGGCACAUGUCCAAGAGCAAUGACGAGGGACCCGACAGCUGGAUAGUGGUCAACUACUCCUGUGAACACCCAGAUUGUCCACCAAACACCUAUGUGAGAAUAACCAUGAAUGUGGCCCUUAUCUGUGAGACGAUCAUAGAACCACCAGCCGAUGGGGAAAUAUCAAGGGACAACAUCACAUGCAAAAUAACGUACACAGCUGAUGUCAAUCCUGGUGGCUGGGCACCAGCAUCUGUCCUAAGAGCUGUUUACAAGAGGGAAUACCCCAAGUUUCUGAGACGCUUCACCAGUUUUGUGGCAGACAAGACAAAAGGCAAAGACAUUCUGUUCUGAGAGGCUGUGCUGAUCACUUUACUGCUAGCCAUGACUCACAUUUAGAGAUACUUUUUCGGUAUUUUCAGGUUUAUAGGAUUGAAGAAAAUUUGCUCAAGAUUUGUUCUUCUACCUUUGGAUGUUUUACACUAACACUGUCAAAUCUGCACAUGAAUUUUUUGGCCUGCUAUGAACUGUGUUUUGUAUGAACUGUGUUUUGUAUAUAUAUUCAGUUCACAGUUCACCUGCAAAUCAGUAGGAAAAAGUGAUGAAAGAAGGGAGACCAAAGAUCGAUAGGUUUAUAUUACUGAUGUCAGGUACCUGUUAAAAUUCUCCUAAAUGUGCUGCAUGGUGGUUACUCUGGUGAGAAGUACCUUUUCUUAUUGGGAAUAGCAAAUGGUUUGUUGUGAAUGACAAAGCAAAACUACCUUUUUCAGCGCACACCAUCCGUCGUAUUGUUGUUCUUCCUGCUUUGUUUUGUCAAACUAUUUAUCUGGCAGUUCUUCGCUAUUCUGUUAAAUUCGAUCAUAUCUUGUAAAUGUCAUCUGUCCGAAUAAAGUGAAAGAUUGGCUUAGCUUUCUGUGGAACUUUUUAUAAUUAAAAAAUGAUAUCGGAGGUUUAUCGUAUGAUUUAAUCAGUAAGUUCAGCGACAUUUUGAAGUUCUGUAUAAGGUUAAUUUUUUUCCUCCGGUUUGAAUGAUUUUUUAAUGGAAAUUUGUGCUCUUGGGCUGAAUUCUAUUUUGUUAAAACAAAGUGUUUCCAUUGUUGACUGUAUGUCUUUCUUCCUGCAUUUGAGACCAAGACUUUUGAGUUGUAAAAAAAUGUAUCCACAACUUUUGUCUUGUGUCAAUGUUGACCUUUUGGGUGGGAUCAGAAGAUAGUCCCAGAGAAUCUGAAAUAGUCAAGUAUGUUUCACAGAAGAGAAUCCCCCCCCCCCCCAUAAAUGCAUCUUUUCAAUUGCUUUCUAAACCAGUUAUUCAGUUUUCAUUUUAGUUUUCAAAUUAUGUAUUGUACAAAAGGUAAGCUUCUGUAUUUUUCCUAUGCAAGUCAAUGUUAACUUGUUUUAAAACAGUACCCAGAGAGUUUGUUCAGGUUGGCUUGGUAACUUGCCGAGUGUCUGUGGUUGACUUCAUGUUCAUACUGUAGAUUCCGACUCGGCAGUUUAGUGAAGAGGGAGAAAGUCCACAGAUUUGAGACCUGUUGUCUGUGGCAAGAGUUUUUGAAGGAGGAGAGUGUAAUGCACUACUUUUGUUCAGAUAUUGUGGUUUAUAUACGUGUAAUUUUUUUCCUUCUGAAAAUGAAGUGUAGUGGAAUCAUCAGUAUUGUUUUUUUGUGUAAACAUGUCUUUACUAUGAGAGUUACAUUGUAAGUGUGAACAUUCACUUGAGAGGGACAUAAGUGAAUUUGUAUGGACGGGGAACAAGUUAUGAAUGUGUAUAGGCAUAGUGGUGGCGUGGUGAAUGGCCUUGCAUUGCUGCAUGGUAAGAGUAUAUGUCUCAGCUGUCUGGUAUGUGAUCGUGUGAUGAAUACGAGAUGACAAUAUGUCUUCUCCUGAAACAGGUCAUACAUGUGUUCACUUGACUGUUUAUGUGACUUUAUGGGAAAUGUAACAUUGUGCAAGUAACACUAUCAUAGAAAACCAUUUUUAUUGAUCUUUUAAAGGCUUUUUAUAAGAAUUCCUGCUGGUUGGUUAAUGAUGCUUUGUGUUGCUAAAGCUGUGGUAUUUAACUUAUUAAAUGAUUAGUUAUUGGUAUUUCUAGAGUUUGGUAUAACUAUUUUUACAAAAGAAUUGCUUGUGCUAUUAUAAGAUGGAUUUUGCAACACGUCAGAUUGCUAAUUAUAUAGCAGAAUAAAAGAAAUAAUGGCCACAACUAGUUUUCUUAGGAAGUUAAUCAAAAAUAAAUGCCGCAGAGAAGUGCAGGGAAAGGCGAGAGUGUGUGGAAUAUCAGUUUAAGUCCCACACCUUGUAGUUUUUUGGGGGUUUUUUUCCUCCCUUUGUUGUACAGGUAACUUGAUACAACAGCAAUAUGUGCAGUUUUCUCAAGAUCGGCAAUAAUUUGCUUCUGCUUGAUGGCUGCCGAAUAGUAAAUGAAGUGUGCCUUAGAUGUUUGGAAGUUGGAUAAACUGUAGUUGUGUUUUGAAGCUUUCAAAUGAACUAGAUUUGUUUUGUUUAUAACUUUUAAAAAUUAAUGGGAUGUAUUGUGGUACAAAUACAAAGUUGUUUGCAACUAGUAUUGUAACAAUGAAAUAGUAUGUGUUCGUUUGUAUCAUUUUUUCAUAUGAAAUAAUGCGCUAUGUUGAACUGUCUAUCAAUAGCAUAAAAGUUUUUAAUAGAUUUUUGCAGGUUUUUUUCUUUCUUUUCAACUGGUAACUAGCUUAAUACUAAUAGCUUAUGCUUUGCGCUUAAAGUACAGUAAUAUCCCUCAUUUGUACUUCCUACUUUAAUGCACUUUCAGAUACAGUUUACUUGGUAGUAGGUCUUUUAUUCUCUUUAAAAAAUGCGAAUAACUAAAUAAGAAUUGUAUAUAUAUAUUUUUUCCCCCCCCUUUAAUUCUAUAUGUAUGAACAAUUUCUUAAUUCCAUGAAAUAUUGCUGCUAGAAGGCAAACAUUCAUCAAACAGUCAAGUAUGAUGAAAAUAUAGGUUUUGUUGGAUGACUUGCGUUGUUUUUGAAUGCUGAUUUUCUUUGACACCCAAUUUGAUGCUGCCAUCAUAUAUUUGUUUCACAAUUACCCUUUUUGAGUUGAGAGGAUCACAUCUUUACAUGGUUCAAACUGCUUUAGAAGUGGCGGUGGUUGACAAGACCAUACCUUUGAUGUGGGUAGCCAUUACUGUUUAGUAAAUUUACUGUGUGUUGGACAUGACAGUCUCAACAGCAAAGUGUAAUCCUCUCAUAUUUCCUAGGGGAUGCAGCUAUUUGCCAUAUCCAAAGGGACAGAUUUAUCAGCCAAUUUCAUUGGUUUUCGUGCAAUGGCUGUUCAAUUUCAUGAAAAGCAACAGCAAUAUAGUGAAUACAGGAAAAUCCGGGAUGAUGAACUAGUCAUACUAUUGGAUGCCAGUUUCCAAGUAUGUGAUAUCAAGUUUUAUGCAAAGCAGUAUUUUUUCUGUGGAUGCUAAAAGGAUUGCCUCAUGGGUUUCUUGAAUUUGUAUUUUGACUUGUGUCGGCUUUUAUUUUACAGUGCACUUUUCUCCUCGUUUUUGAUCAAUAUAAUGAUUUUUUUUCUCGGAUAGGAUGACCCAUUUCUCUUCCUAAAGUCUGACGUUACAUGUAAAGUGUAAAUGAACUUUCAGACAUGUUUAUAAAUAUAAUGCGCUUUCCGAAGUGAACAACUUAAGAUGUCUCCGCCCUUAGGGAAUAGGGAAAGUCAUAGUGUUGUGUUAGCAGAAGUGAGAGAUUUAUUGUUACAAUGAUUUAUUUCUCUUUAAGGAGGGACUCUCAAGUUUACAGUGUUAUUCUUGUAAUAUUCCCAGGUACACAUUUGAAUUCAGGCAUGUAGAGAAGAUGGGUUGGGUUUUUUUCUAUGCUCAAGUAUUUUUUAUUUUUCCUCUUCGAGAUCUGACAUAUGGGACUUUGCUUUUUGUCAUUACCUUUAACAGGAGUAUUUUCUUUCAUCGUGUCAAAAGGAAACAAGGCUUGGGGUGCGGGAUAUGUGCUGUGUUUGCACAGGAAAUGGAAUUGCUUUGCCAAAUAAAUGAGGGAGAGAAAGAUUAACCCUACUGAGUAAGAGGUUUAUAUAGCUACCUAUUGUUGAACUUUGAAGUGUAACAUGUGUGCUUAUAUUGAUACUCAUUCGCUUAAAAUGUUUUGAACUUUGUACAACACAAAAUGUUUUAUAUUUAUUUUCAUAUUCUUUAUAAACUUCUGUGCAUUCAAAUUGUGUUUUUGGGCUGGUGGACUUCUUGGAUGACUGUUUGCUCAUGAGAUGUACAAAGCUAACACAUUUCAGACUGAUGAUGAUGAUAUAUCUUUGUUAGACAAUAUCUGUUCAAGUUUUUACUAUUGAUUUAUUUCUUCAAAUUGCUUUUCUGGUCACUAGUUAUUAUUGUGUAAGCAGAAUUCCCAGCUUUUUUGGGUUUUUUUUUUAUGUGAGCAAAAAGAAAACUGUAGACUCUGAUUUUGUUGUGUAUCUGUAGUCUGCAAAAAAGUCUGAAGUGUAUUGAGAAUAACUAUGAUUAUUGAAAAGGUAGUUUGACCUUGUUGGCCAUUCAUAACACAAACAAAAUUAAGUUCUCUUUAAGGUGCAUAAACAAACUGAUAAACAAAGAUUUGGCUGAAGUUGUUGAAGCUUUCAAGUCUGUUUAAAGCACUUGUACAAUUCCCGUCCAAUUUUGUGUGAUCUAAUCUUCAAAAUGGCUGUUGUUUUUCAGGCCAUAUUUCUCUAAAUUGGUCUUUUUUUUGGCUCAACUCGAUUUUAAUGUCCAAAAUAAAGCAUGUUUAUUUUUGGGGGAAACUGCAAAUUAGAAAGAGACCAUGUGACAUAUGAAGGGAUGAAUUUGCUAGCUCCACCCUUACGUUUGUGCUGCCACUAUUUGCUUUCACAGUGCUGUGAGGUAGGUGUCUGCCAUGUGUAGUGAGUCUGGAUUAAGCAAAUUAUGGAUCAAUGAUCAAGUUUGACAACGGUGCACUGGCUAGUGUGUCUUUCUUGAGUUAACUUGAUCUUCCUGAACCGACUAGUAGAAUAAGUGGACACUGCUUUUUUAGAUUUUCAGUAUGCUUUGACUAGCAUUAUGCCAGUGAUUCAUCUUUGACAUUUUUUUUUCCAUCUGCACCUCUAUUAGUAGCGCUCCUUUAAGCAGAGUUUACACUCUCUUUGAUUUCUGUGUGCUAACUUUUAAUUUUAAUUAGCAAGUACAGACUGAGGUUAAGUUUUGAUUCUCCACUGUAAAGAAUAGUCUUCUUCUGGUGUGAUACCAAAAUAUCCAUAGCAAUGUGUUUCUGGGGCUAUCAUAACAUUAUUUUCCUCUCUCAUGACCCUUAAACGGAUGUAUAGACUUUAACAUUUUUUUCUUCUGAUUUUUAAGGUUUUUCAUAAUUUGCUUCCCUUUCAUGUGGCGCGAUGGAAUUCAGGAAAGGCCAUCAAGAUCUGAAUCCGGUUCUGAGCUUUAGGGUUAUGUAGAAAGCUUAAAGGCCUUCUGCCUUUGUAUUUUCUUUGAAAGUCCCACGACCCUUAGAUUACUUACAAUGUGUAAAAUUCAAUCUCCAAAAUCUCAGUCUUACAACUUGAGUAGUAGUGUCUUACCCCUUUUGAAUUAAAAUAAAUUCUCACUUCUUUCAAAAGGGAUCUAGGAUUCCACUUUCCGAUUUCUGCCUGGAUUUUUUUUCAUACAUGCAGUGAAUUUUCGUCACCCUUUAAUGUCUGGAUUAAAAUUUUUAGGGCUAUUAUUGGUACUCUGUGCUCAGGGGAAUAAUUUCCUACUUUUUUAUACUUCCCGACAAUAAUAGAGAAAAUGUAAUAACUUAUUGUAGCAUGGAAUUUUUGAUGUCAAGAGUAGUAUGUAUAGAUGUUUUUUGCUUGAAAAGACUUAAUUUGUUUGCUUUGUUUCGCUUCAGUCGGGACCUGAAAAAAGUUUCUUGUUUUGACAAAGAACUGUCGCAGCUCUGGCUUGAUGAGUAAAAUAUAGACAAAUGGAAGAAGCAGCAGUAGAAAAAAAAGAGAACCAUUAAUAUCUCUCCUCAGUCUUCAAUCUUCUGGAUUCUCAUAUUCCAUCUGUAGUCGUUUAGUCUCAGCCUUGUAAACGUGAAAUUAUCUCUCAUUUGAUUUAUAUAUAUGAAAAUGUUAAAAAUCUAUUACAAAGCUAUAUUUGACUACAUUGCUCAGGUACAAAAUGCACAGUUCACUUUGAACUCUUAGCUGUUGUCUUUAAUUAUAAUCUGAUUUUUCCCCCCAAUCUGCUUGUCCAAGUAUUUUGUCUGUGCAGUGACCAUAUGUUCCCUUUCUGCUGCUGAUUAAUUAUAUCUUUUUAACUCUUUUCUUGCCCCUUUUCAAUGAUGUGCUUGAGUUCGUGAAACAGUUUGGGGGUUGUUUGGGUAUAGCCUUGUUCCUGACUUGUUCUUUAUGUCGUUGAAGGUGUCAGAACUGACAAAUUUGAUUAUACUACUACCUAGGUUGUGGCUCGGAAAUUGUGGCACAUUUAUCAGAAGAUUUCUAUGUAAAUUCAUGUAUGUUUUUUAAAAAUCCCCCCUCUCUCCCCCUCCCCCCUUGGUUUCAUUCAUGACAAAUUACAUCAUGUAAUUUCUUCUUCAUCAUUACUGUUCAUGUAUUGAUACUGAUGCAACAUAGCUGGUGGCUGUGAGCUGAAGACUUGACCAAAAUGGGGAAGUUUGAGGUUAGAAUCUGAAGUAGGGUAAGAAUUUUCUUGCACUACCUGGAAUAUUUCCCUACUUUUUGUUUUUCCUGAUUUAAGGGGGCGGGGGGGGGGGGGGGGGGGGGCACUUAGGCAUAGACUUGAUCUGCCCAGUUGAGCAAUUGGAUGAAAAACGGACAAUAGUGCAAAAGACUUAAGUUAUGUUCCCACCCCCAUAAACCAUAUGACUAUCCUAUUGUUUUACAAUCAAAAUUGCAUUUGAGGAGACAUCUGGGUAACUUAAGCCUCAGGGCAAAUGAAAUGAAGAAUUUUAUGCACCAGCCUGGAGGAGGAGAUGAACUGAAAGCAUAAUUAAUUUUU